AUGGCCGACGAGCCAGCGCCAGAUCCUGCGCCGGAACCGGAACCACAACCAGCACCACAAGGUGCUCCUGAAGGCGGGCCACCACCGGCCGACGCACCGCCCGAUGCACCGCCAGCCGCCUUGCCCCAAGCCAAGCAUGUCCCCGAUUACUUCCCCAUCAUCGUCACGACGUGCUGUUUCGGUGCGCUGUUCAUUAUAUUGCCGCUGCUGGUGCGGAAAGGGCCGCAUAGAGGGCCGCUAAUGGGGAUCGCAUUAAAAACAAAUCUCCAUCACGCGUCGCGCAAUCGGCAGCAUCUAGCGAGCGCCGUCGCCCCCGGACGUAUAAACGCGAAGCAAUCAAAACCCGACACGGCGCAG